AUGGAGUCAUCCAACCAAGAGAACUUCUUCGAGACGGACACGCAGCAGGCCAAGCGUCACCUGCGCGCCAAGAAGGAGGCAAACACCUUUGGCAACCCGCUGCGAAUGCCCUCCAAGAUCCUGGCCGUCAUCCCGGACCCCAAGAAGCCGCAGUCCUCCGUCCUCAUCGCCGAGUCGGGCGGCAGGGUGUCUCGUAUCAAUACUGAGACACGAACCACCACCGCCAAGUACACCGGCCCCUCUGUCCCCGUAACGUGCCUCGCGACAGGCGGCGCCUCCAACGGCGUCCUCUUCGCCGGCAGCUGGGACAAGACGGUCUGGUCCUGGGACCUCGCCACGCGCCGCCCGCUGCGCCGGUAUGACGGGCAUUCGGACUUCGUCAAGGCCGUCGUGUGCGGCCGCCUCGGCGACAAGCCGAUCCUCGUCAGCGGUGGCGCCGACAAGAAGAUCAUCGUCUGGGACGCUGACUCGGGCCGCAAGCUGCACACCCUCCAGGACCCGACGACGACCAUGAUGUCGCUGCAGCAUCUCGCCAUCGACCCCGUGCUCAGCACCGCCGAUGAGAUAGUCCUCGUCAGCGCGAGCAGCGACCCGCACAUCCGCCGCUGGAGGAUCACCCUGGACUCGUACUCGCAGCUUCCCGUCGACGAGACGCCGUCCUCGGCGGACCCUGCGGCGGCGGCGGCGGCGUCGUCUUCGGGCGAGGAGAAGCUGACGAUUCAGGAGCACGAGACGAGCGUGUACAAGGUCCUCUUCGACGUGAUGGGCGACGAAGUCGACUUGUGGACGGCCAGCGCCGACGGCACCGCCAAGUGCCUCGUCCGCGAGAGGGCCUUUGCGGCCGAAGACGUCUUCGAGCACGGCGACUUCGUGCGCGCCAUCGCCCUCACGGCCGACUGGGUCGUCACGGGCGGCAUCAGCCAGCAGAUCAAGGUCUGGGACCGGACGUCGGGCGCCCUGCGCGCCGUCGUGGACGCGCACUUUGACGAGAUUACGGACCUCGUCGUCCUCCGCGACCCGGCGGGGCGGUCGCCGGACGUGCUGUGCAGCGUCGGCAUCGACUGCACGCUGCGGACGUGGCCUCUGGACCACAAGGGCCUGGACGCCGUCGUCGAGGAGAUCCGGGCCGCUGCAGAGGCCAAGGCCGAGGACGAGCAGGAGGGGGAGAAGAAGAAGAAAGGGGAGGGGAAGAAGGAGGAGGAGGAGGAGGGUCUGAUGACCGCCGAGGAGGAGGCAGAGCUGGCGGCGUUGAUGGAGGAUGACGAUUAG